UGCGCAUAAUUAUUCUGAAUCAAUUAACACAUUGAAUUGCUAUAUAAUUAUGGGUGGUAUAGAUCAUGAUAACAGUUCCUUGUCUUCUAAACAUUGCUGUGUCAAGUUGAGCACGGUAGUUGACUCAAUGUAUUCGUAAUACAUGAGGAAGUUGUAGUGUCAUUCGCCUAUUGAAUAUAAAUGAACUGAAACCACCACAACUAUUGUUAGUUGUAAGCAAAUAAAAUUGAACGAAAACAUGUGCAUCCUUUUGUCCGCUUUCAUAAUUUGUACACUAUACAGACUGAUUUAUAAUGACUAUAGUUAGUGCUUGUAUGUGUUGAGGUUAAAGCUAUAGCCACCUACAAAGAAAUCAUGAGGCUAUUGCAGUGUCUAGUUGGUGUAUACCUACUAGCAGUAAGUAAUGUUUUGUGUCGUGGCUUGACAAACCGCCAAGAUUAUGUCGUUACCGUAGAGGAAGCAUCCAGAGCCAAAAUCCCUAAAGAAGAAUGGGAGAAACAACGCAAAUUUGACAAUGGCUAUGGAAAGCCGAUGAAGGUUGAGUGCAACACAAAAAAGGGAGAGGCCAUCUACAGAGUAGAGAGUGAACAGAAUCAUGGGGAGUAUGAUCGUAUUUGGAAGUGGAGCUGCAAGAGAAUUGUUAACACUCCUCUAACCAGUUGCAAGUGGACGGACAAAAUCAAUGAUUGGAACGGACCCAUCUCUUUCAUGUGUCCUAUGAACCAGGUGAUAACUGGAUUGUCCAGCAAACACACAAAAGCUAGUGAAGACAGAAGGUGGAAGGUCCAAUGCUGUAGUGUUCGAGGUUAUCAUACUGAAGGUUGUACUUUGACAGACUUCCUAAACAAGAAAGGAGAACGCUUUAUGCAUCAUUCCAAGUCCACAUGUCGUGCAACAAGAGCUUUCACCGGAUUUGUCACCAACCAUUAUACUCCUCAUGACAGAAGAUGGAAGCUUUUGGAGUGCGCUGUAACUUGUGAUGAUAAGAGUAGAUUGAGAUCAUCAAGACCUAGCAAUAAUUAUAACUGACCGACAGUGUAGUAUGUAGAGUCAAUAGCACUAUCGACUGACUCAAUAUUUUGUCCUUGGUAGAUUUAAUAUGCAUGGUAUUCGAUCGACGUCUAUAUGUAAUUUCAGAAAAGCAAACACUCUGCCAAUCCUAGUAAGAUCUAGAU